UGCGUCCGUUGUAUCCUGCACGGCCAGAUGUAGAGCACUCGCUCGCCGGCCGGCCGGUUGUGUCUUGGUCUUCAGAUCUGGGAUGAUUCAUCAAACGCUAGGUAUAACUCUCUUUUCAGCCCGUAUUUUGGUUUGAGAGAUGACCCCUUCAGAACCAAAGCUUCUGAGGAACCAGUAUGGACCUUAGCGGACUGAAGCUUCAUAAAAAGGAUUGACGAGUGACGAGGAGAUCCACUUCAAGAUGGUCAAGCGGAAAAGUUGCAACGACGACCCAAAAAUUCUGGCCCGGUCAGUGCCGCUGCCUCUGCAGAUUUUCUUGUGGAGACAGACGAGUCCUUUCAUUCGACCCAAGUUGGGAAGGCUCUACGAAGCCAGUUGUGUUUCCUUUGAAAGAGUGCUUGUAGAGAACAAGCUCCAUGGCCUGUCUCCCAGCCUCUCCGAUGCCAUCAACAGCAUCACACGAUGGCAACUAAUUCAGGCCUCCUUGCCCCACCUCAUGCACUGCUGUGCCGCCCUCCUCAGCAACCGCGCCAAGCUGGGCCAUGCAGACAAGCUGGGUGUGGCCGAGACCAAACUACUGCUGACCCUCCACUGGGUGCUGCUGGAGUCGCUGGAGGAGUGCCUGCAGGAGGACAGCUCCCAGUUGGACUUCCUUCGCCUCCCGGGCAAUUCGGAGCAUGGACUGACCACCAUCCAGCUCUUUGUGUACCUCUUUGCCCCGCUGGUGUACAGCAUCAAGGAGUCAGAUCUCACGUUUCGCCUGGCCAAUGGUUUGAAGUUGUGGCGGCCAUUGUGGGACCAUAAGCUCCCAGACAUAUCGAGCUUCACUGCCCAGGUAAAGCCCAAGCGCUGCUACCGGUUAGCAACCCGCCGGAUCUGGAAGGAUCCCGAGAUGACCAGCAAAGUGGAAGAAGAGAAGGAGGAAGUGGAUGAGAAGCAGGAACAAGAACAGCAGGAGCAGAAGCAGGAACAAGAGGAAGCGGUUGGAGAGCCACCUAAAGCCGAGGAAGCUCCUUCAGAAUCUCCCCCAGGAGUUAUAGUCCCUCUGGCAGACAUCUCCGAAGUAAGUCGCUUCAGCAGUGGGGCAGUGACACCUGACCCACCCUCAGUCAAUGUUGAGAUUGUCUGCGAGGUGUGCAGCACAUCAGUGACUCAGAACAACACUUGCCGGUGUGGGAACCUGAAGGUUACUGGGGAUAUGGCCGCUAAGACGAGAUUUGACUUUGACCAGGUGAGCUCCUCAAGCUCUGAGGAUGAGACCAAGCCCUUGAAACCAAGCAGAGCCAAGGAACGACCAAAGUCACUCAUCGAAAGAAGCAUUCUUCCACUCCAUGAGGGAAUCGAUCAUGCCGAACUUGCAGCCUCACUCUCUGUGCCAAGGCCUCCCCCACCCUCAACCAGCCCAACAGACCUACCAAAGCGGAGACUUCCACAGCGGAUCAACGAUGUCUUCUCGGCCACGUACUUUGAUGUAGCUGUCAUGCGGUGCCUGUUCAUCCCCCACUGGGCAGAGGAGGGGGUUCAGUGGGCUCUCAUGUAUCUCCUGAGCAGACUGCGACAGAUUGCUGAUGAAACUAUGGCAGCUGAGAGGGUGCGACAAAGAAGUAACUCCUCCCCCAUUCCCCAAAUCACCAUAUCAUUGUUCUCCCCUGUGCCGGGGCCGCCAAAGAAAUUCUCCGUGCCAAUGAGCUGCAUGGGUGGCUCUGAGCCUUCAAAGGAUGAAGGAAGGCACAGGGAAUCCUACCCACUUGUUGGAUCCCCCAAGAAGAUGAAGUUUGAGAGAGUUGAACCGCUGCCUCUGAGGAAGAUCAGCCCCCCCAAGAGAUCCAGUCUGGGAGACCAAGGACGAGGAAACAAGGCUCACAGAAAACUGAGGCGCACUUCAAGCCUGUCUAAGACUGUCGGUGCAUUGAUGCCCAAACUCAUCAAGGAGGAGAUUGAAGAGGGUAAGGUGGGCUCUGGGAGUGAUGAACAAAUAGUGCAAACUCUUGAUGCUAGUUCCACUAAGACACCAACACUCGGUGAGGUGCCCAAGAGCUCGAGCACAGGGACGCCAAAGCUGGAACCUUUUAAAUUUAAAAUUGAUGUAGUGCAGCUAAAGACAGUGCCAGCCUUGAUGAGUCCAGAGGAGCUGACCAAAUCAGGUUCUCCGUCAACACCACCUUUGUACUCUACAGGUUCAUUGGAUUCUAAGAGACCUUUUGUGAGCACUACCACAACAUCUUCAUCCUUUGUUUCGAGGCCCACAGCCCUUCCCUACCAACAAAGCUUCUCAGCUACUGCCACAAAAUUGCCAUCAUUUGUGCAAGUAUCUGCAGAUGCGGCUCAUAAGCCAACUGUGGUGACCACGCAGACCCGACCUUUUGGCGCAACAUCCAAAGUAUCCCCAAUAGUCAUCCCACCUAUCAAAGCAGAAAAAUCAUCCACCUGUUUCACUGUCACCAAAACUACCACAAACGUGCAGUCCUCAUCUGUUAUGACAGCCAAAGCAGAUUUCUUCUCUGAGCACACCAACUCAACUUCUACCAAGUCUGAGAAGUUGUACGAACGGCGGGCAAUGAAAUCAGAGAAGAACCUGAUAACCCUCCACAAACCAGUCUCUGUGGAGGUGCAGGAGAAGCCACUUCUCAUUUUUGACGAGCCCGUCACAAUCGAGCCGCAACCUGCCAAAGUUGUCCACAAGGCCAACGUAGUGCAACACAAGGCUCCUGUGGUAGUGAACCGCCCAAUGUUGCAGCGGCAGUCACCUGUCUUUGAAGCACCACCUCAACCCCUGGACGCAGUCCCAAGCAGUGACACUAAUGUCACAUUUGAGGCCGCCAAGCCACUGGUGACCCCCAUCCUCAUGAACAAUUCCAAAUCUCCCCCUACCUCCCCAGAGGAGUUGUCCCCACCACCUGAGAAAUCCCCGUCAUCCGUCAGUUCAUCGUCACUUCUCAUACCUGUCUCGGAGGACCUCAGUGAGCCUCCUCCACCCCAGUCGCCUCCUUCCCCAGACAAGCCCCCUCAGUCGCCUUCCUCCCCAGAUAGGCUCACCCAUCAGGACUCCUCCAGCAUGUCCAGACUGGACAUCCCUACUUUUCUGCCCCGCAGUGCAUCAGAUACCUUCGUCAAUUACCACACUUCUGAGGAGGAAGAGAUUACAGAGGCGGCCGGCUCUACCUACUACAUCCAGGAAGAUGGGCAGAUGAACUACAGCGUCAUCAUUAAGGCACUCCACAAGAUCAUCACCAAGGAGACCACUGCCAAAGUGUGUGACACCUCCCUGCACAUCAUUGAAACCAUUUUGGAGUUCCGUGUGGUCAAGCAAAGCGAGAAGCCCUCUCAGGCUAAGAUUCCAGUCAUUAAGGUGGAAGGAGAGAAGGUCAAGGCGCCUGAUAAGGAUGGGGAUGGUGAUGUAGCCUCCAAGAGCCUGGAGGACAUGACAGUACAUAAUCUGGUCAUGGAGACUCUCAUUCAGGUGUUCCGUGCUCUUGGAUGUCAUCAUGGCUGUGGUGAGGGACUUCGGGGACACUCUGGUGACAAGCUGCGGUUGAUGGGCCAGCAAUGUCUGAACCGCAUGUUCAAGAUUGACCCUUCCCAGUUCCGCCGCUACCUACGAUUCAUGAUCAGCACUCACCCACUGGAAAACAUCCUGGACUUCCUGCAUGCCUUGCUGGGCUUCUGUGAAGACCCAGUCAGGAUACCACACCGGCCAGGCUCUCCCUUCUACAAUGCAGGGCCCAGCACCGGUCCCAAUGAGGGUAUCGCCCGCGGGGGCUUCGCCACCAAUUUUGGCAGUGGGGUGGCGGGCACCGGGGUACGGGGUAUUGAGGGAACCAUUGUGGGCAGCAUCUUCAAGGCCCUGGUCACCCGGAUGGCCAAUUCCAGGGAGGAGCUCAAUGCCCCCGAGAACUCAGCUUUGUACAGUGACGUGCGGCAGCUUCUUCACUACAUCCGUGAAGCCCAUGGUGGGGUAUUCAGGAGGGUGGCACUGAGUGGACUCAUUGAUUCCUCUGGCAAGGGACAAGAUGAAAAAGACAAAGACAAAACUGGCAAAGUGGGUUUCAGUGAGACCAAGUCCGACUCGGACAAAAACCUGCCCAAUCCCCCAUCGAAGGACGGUGGGGAAGGGGGCGAUGUGAGUCCUGGCACACGCCUGCGACGGCACCUGUUUAAGAAGAAAUUCCGCAGCACUGACUGUGCGCUAGAUGAUGAGAGGCUAGCAGAAGGGGCUGGUGGCAAGAGACGAUUCAGUGUCUUCCAGUUCGCCCAAGCUGUGACAACAUGGCGCAAUCGAGCCAUCCGUUCCAAUCUUGGAUCAGAGGACGGUCCUGAGCUAGCAGAACCUAGUGAGACCACACCCCGGGCCAAGAAGGAUACUGGGAGCGUGUAUGCUGGCCGCAAGAAAGUGGAGGACCAUUCCUUCUUCCUCAAGUUCCGCAAGAAAAGCAAGCGAGACCCAUCCUCCACAGAGGAGAGAGAUGACUGCGAGACACCAAGAUCAAUGGAGGACGAGGAAGAGAUGGCGUCAGACUCCCUGGACAUGGGGACGGAGAAGGAGAAGAAGCCAGUGGACCGAGUGGUCAUCGCCGCUGGGAUGAAGAGGCUGAAUCUGCUGAUGGACUGCUGCAAUCCUGGCACAGUGCCAGAUGCCGAGUUCCUGGCAGCCUCUCUGGAUCUGAAUGCCCCUGUGGUGGCCCGGGCAGCAUUGCUCCUGGAGUGCUGCCAUUUUGUCUACCGCUGUAACCAUGGUGAUUGGCCCGAGUGGAUGAAGAGCGGCCGCAGUUACCAGCGUGGCCGGGUGUCCAGCAACGUCAUGAGCACUCGCAACAUGGGGUCCUGCUACCGGAAGAAUGCCUCCAUGCAGCGCAUGGCCUCCAAGAUGUUCUACCUGUGGGCCGAGGCCAUUGGUGCCCGUCUGGAGGAAAUUGAACGUCAGGAGGCCAAAGAUGUCACCGUGGUCAUUGGCAAGGUGAAGGACGAGAGCAUCAAAAGGAGACUCCGACAGCAAGACGAUCAGGAGGACUUCCUUGAUGAAGCCACUGUGAAUCCAAGUGGCACGGCCUGCCCCCAUGCCCUGAAGAUGGUGGCUUGCCAGCUGCUGUGCGAGAUCACCGCCUUCCUGCGGGAGACCUACCAGAGCCUGCCCAAGCCCCGGAAGGUGGACCGGGGGGGCUUUGGCCGUGCCCCAACUCGCGACUCCGAGUUCCUGGAGUUGCCGUCCUCCUCUGCACCCAACAUGACGGCUGUCCAGCGCCAGGCCAGUGCAGGCUCCAGUGUCACCUCCAGUCCACCCCCGCCUCGGCACAGCGCACCCAGCACUGUGGUAGACAGCCCGUCCGGAACGAGCGAGCGAAAGAUCAGCUUUGCUCUCGGGGGUGAUGACGACUCCCAGCAUAGCAGCAACACGGAGUUGAACAACGUCGACCAGCAAGUAGAGGAAAAGAAAGUGACCCCAGGGCGCAAGCAGAGCCGUGGGGGACUUCUCCGUCGCCACCCUGCCCCCUCCUCCCCAGCACCAAGGGAGCAGCACAACCAUAGCUUCCGUAAUCGCCACCGCAGCCGACCAGACUCCCUCUUCGGAACGCAACCAGGCUCCCAGGCCCAGCCGCCGGCUGACACUACACCGCAUGUUAAAUUCAGUGCCGAGAGUCAACCAACAAUCAUCGGCAUGUCUCAUGAAAACAGCGCCCCCGCAGAUGAGCACCCUGUGUUUGGCUUAGCUUCAUCGUUUUUGUCUUCUUUGCUGGGCCGCUCAGGCAGCGUCAAGAGCCGCAAAAUCAGCUCCAUAUCGGUGGACGAUGACUCGACGGGGGAAACCAGCAGUGUCUUCAGCGAGCAGGUCAGCCCCCAGGAGCCCGAGCAUGUCCCCGAGCUGGCCUCCACGCCAGAUACAGUGGGGCUGGAUGACAUUGACCUGAGCAAGAACAUGCCUUGGAUCCCGAUCAUUGUGGAGAUUGCCAGCAAGACCAACUUCAUCUGUAACCACCAACGGUGCUGCCACCCUAACUGCUUUGAGCGACAGAAACGCAACUGUUACCGGCUAAUGAAGGCGGUCCGCUACAUCUGCGGUGAGGACAGCAUUCUGCGACCCCGAGAUGAUGACAUGGACGAGAGGAUGAGACGGCUGGACGGCAAAGGCAAACGCAAGGAGUCUGGGCAGGGCCAUUCCACGCUGCGCAGCUUCCGAGAGCUACGACGGGAGAGCACCUCCUCCACCCUGGACCGGCAGGUCAGCGUCUUCCGUCACCAGGUGGCUGCGUCAACCAGCCGCACCAACUCGGCUGUAGCGCUGACCAGUGGCUCCUUCCCCAUGGAGCUGGAGUGGCCCAAGAAGGAAGACUCACCACAGCUCAAAUAUCUCAAGACUCAGGCUAUGUUCCUGUGGCACAGUCCUCUCUCCUUGCUCACCAAGGCAGCUCCCAUACUGACCGAGGACCUGUUUGCCGACAUUCUCACUUUGGCUUGGGAGUUACUGCUGGACAGUAGCCAACAGCUUGCUGGAUCGACAGCUGCCAUGGUAUUGAUCUGUGCAGUCAAGAUUCCCGAUACGGUCACCAAGCUGAUAGCCGGUGAGAUGCACCACCAAGAGGCAGGCCAGCGGGCCGACGCCAUCCAGAGAUUUGCUGUCCUCUGGCGCUUCCGACAUCAGGUCUGGCCACGUAUGGAGGAUAAAGCUUCCUUGAUCUUCAGGGUUCCACCACCCAACAUUGACUUCACAGUUCCCUCGCCCACCAUCGGAGUGGCUAAUAUUGCUGUCAUUGACCCGCCCUGGAUGCCUGUCACGACCUCUGACCUGGAAGAGAAGGUAUCGACAGAAGAGGAAACGAGCAAGUCCGGUCUCUCAGCUUGGGCCUUCCUGACAGGAAUGUGCAAAAGAGCAGCCACCCAGCCUCAGCCUGGAAUCUUUAAUUCCCAUACAGGAAUGUGUUGGAAGUUAUUGUCUCGCUCCUUUGCUGCUGUAGCAGUGUCGCGUACCACCCAGCGCCGAGAGCACAUCAAGAAAACCCUGCUUCGCGAGCAGGAGAAGAAGCGGGCUGCUCGGGAGACCUUCCACAUGACCAACGUGCCCAUCCUGACCCAGGCUGCCUACGAGCCAUCUCAUCACGUCACCUCGGAUGACGAAGACGACACGCCCAUGCCCGUCACCGUGUCCAUGACAGCACGACGGGUGUCCAUUGCCCCGCCGGCCACCAUGGCGGCCGCGGCCGGCCUGAACCGGGGCCGGAAUUUGUCCAUUCGUCGUGCAUCUCUGUGGUCCGGCGGAGCGUCAACUGGCAACGCAUCAGGUGAUGACGAGGGUAUGGUGACAGAGCGCACCCAUCACAGCCCACCCACAUUUGGAGUAUUCUUCCCGUCCUGUGUCUGCACCACCAUUGUACAUCUCGUGGCUCUGCUCGAUGAUUCAGAAGUCAACAAGGAGGGCGUGGCAGUAUGUGAGGUUGCCGAGAAAGUCUUGUGGGCGUGUCUUGUGGAGGAGCCAGCACUGAUCUGUCGCUACAUCUUGGAGAAGAUUACGGCCAAAAACAAGCAGGAGGACUUGAUUCUGUUGUUGAAGAAGAUGGUUUCCCACUACGGUGAGCUGCCAGCUCAGACUGCUCAUUGUCUCUUCAACUAUCUGCUUGGCUUUGUGGUUUAUCACUGUCGUGCGCCCCACGAGGGUGCCAAUGAAGCCAUUGCCAACACCCUAAGUGUCCUGUGGCACAUCAUCCCCUUUGUCUCCGGCAUCUCCUUCAAGGACCUCAAGCAGACACUGAAGAAGGAGCAGUGCGAUCCUACUGUGCUAAUUAGUGCCAAUGUACCUUGUGCCAAGAAACUGAUAGUUCAUGGACCCAAUGAGACAGACAUCCCAACCCAGCUGCCCAUCAGUGAGGACAUGCAGUUUGAGGAGAUCCAUCAGGAUUGCCUGGAGUUCUUCAAUAUUCCCAUCCAGGAGCAUUGUGCACACUUCCUGGUAGACAAGAAGACGAACCAAAUGCUGGACGUCAAAUCCUAUGUGAGGGACUUCUACGCAUACAAACGCUCGCAUUGUCCCGAGCUCAUACUCAAGAAGAUAGAUCAGUUGGAAGGAUUGGAACACCUUCAGCAACAGGCAUUUACACUGAAAAUUGCAGAGCUUGGUCGCGUGUACUUUGCGCUAGCCACGCUGCAGAGCACUCCAUCUCAGGUGAUGAGUUCACACAUCACUUUCUUGCAUGAUGAACUGAUCAGGCUACCUUCCUUUCCACGGAAAUCGUUGGAUGCUGAGUUUCUGCUGUAUGCCAUUCCCAAACAGGGCAGGGAAUUGUUUGGACUGGAUGUCAUACACAAGUACAUGUGGGUCAAGUUCACGGCAGCCAUCUUUCUGAACAUGUCCAGCGAUUUCUCCUGGAGCGGUGAUAUUCAGCUCUUCCUGAACGUCCUGAAUGGAUGUCUGCUUCUCCACUGCCAGGACAUCUCACUGCUACGCAUCUGCCUUGCUUCCUUCAUCAAUAUCUCACGCCACUUCAAGCAGAUGUUUGCUACCAAAGGGUUUCAGUACAUCAUGCCCACCAUUCUGAGGGUCUAUAAUUACCAUAACUCCAAUCCCUUAGUCUGUCGUGCCGUUGAGUAUGUCUGCCGGCAGUUCUAUGUGCUCCACAUGAAGCCUUUUGUCCUCCAGUUGUUUGGGAGUGCGGCCCCUCUGCUACAAGGAGAAGAAGAGGUUAACCCACAGAAGAUUUCUCCCCGCUGUCUUUUCCGUCUCCUGCUCUCCAUGGAGAAAGACAGCAAGGACUCAUUGGACAUACUAGAGCUGGUCACUGGUGAAAAACCCCUGAAGACGCUGGAUUUCUGUUACAGUAACGAUCACUUGGCAACAUUUACAAUUGCUGAAGCCAUACGCCUGUGUGCCAUUGUGGUGGCCUAUGCUCCUGAGUCUGUCCGCAGUGCACAGAUGCUGAGUGUUCUAGCAGAUCUUGUGCCCCUCUACCUAGAGCACGUCAAGGAGCAGACCAAGAAGAGAGACAAUCCCAGCGCUGCCAAGUCAGAAACAGCCGUCAUCAAUAGCAUGGGAGUGUGCAUUAAGGCGCUCAUCAUAGGCGCUGAAACUUUGGCACGCAGCACCAGCGGGCCAAGCCGCAAGAUUGAGAAUGUCAAUGCUACAACAAGCUUCAAGAGUUCCAACAACUCCCAGCAGAGCUCGGUUCACAAGGCCUCCCGUAAGUCAGCCAUGAAUGCUGCUGGGGCUGACCUAGGGGAAGAAGACAUGAGGGAAGAUUUCCAGUUCAGAUACAAUGACUACCGUGUCCGGCGCCGCUAUGAGGAUGACUCGGAGGACGCAGAGCCAAUGAACGAGUUCUGCAAGCCGCGGGACAUGCUGCUGAAUGUAGCAGCCGGCUACUACUGCCACAGCCUGGCUAGGCUGAAGGAGCUACGACCCCACAACGAAUCCAGACAGCAUAGCUCCUCUUCCUCCCUGGAGCUACUGGACCAACGCUGCCACUUGAGGCUAGCUGAAGUGGCCCACACCCUGCUGAAGGUAGCACCCCACGACCCCAUCACCAUGGGUUGCAAGGGGCUACAGAUGUACAUCACCCAGAUGAUCCCACAGACAGAUUGGACCAGCCAAGACCUUCGCCCAGCCCUCAUCCUCAUCCUGAAGAGACUGGAUAAACUCUUCAAUAAGAUUCACAAGAAGCCGACACUCAUGCGUCACAUGGACUGGGAGUCUGCAGCCAACUUCUUGAAGGGUAUCUAUGUGACCCUGACUAGGCAGAGCAUCAUCAGCCAUCUCCCACACCUCAAGUCACUGCUGAACAUCUGCCUAGCAUUGUUGCUGUGUGAUGGCUCGGCCUCAGGGGGUGGGGAUGGUCUGUCACUCCUGACCAUGUCAUCUCCGACAGGGGGUAUGCGCUUCACACCCCCACCGGUCUUCUGUUCUGCCGUGGUCCGAGCGGUGGCCAUGCAGAUGCACUGCAUGAAGCACCAGUACUGGAUGAGGCCUAAGGAUCUGUACACCCUGGAGCAAGUGUUUGGGGGGACACCCGUCUUCAACUCUGCUGAACGGACGGAGACCAUAUUGCUGUACCUGGUCAUUCCACUCUGCCUGAGAGUGGGCUGUGGAAGGAAAGAUUCACCCAAGAUUCGACCGUCAGACAUAUCCUUUGCCCUGACCAUGAUACUGUAUGCGCUGUUGCCCCCCAAACGCCAGCCCACAAUGGAGGUGGGAAGGAGUGGUGCUAUGCCACUCAAGCAGCAACAUCAUUACUCCUCCAUCACAGACCUACCUAGCCACACCAGCAUCUCUUACCGGGAUUCUAGCUCGGUCAUCCCCGAUUCGCUGUACGAGGCGGGAUUCCUGGGUCUGAAGAUGAUGAUGGUGUGUUUUGAGAAUCAGCUGUCUCGUGAGUGGUUCCGUAUUGCCUCAGCAAUCAAGGAACUUGGCUCCAGAAUGCUUGGUGGUCUGGCCCUGUGGAGUUUUAUGGACUUUGUUAUCACUGUCCGCACUCCCCUGUAUGUCAUGCUCAAGCCCUUCAUCGCAUUUAAGAUGAUGAGAAUGAUAUGUGAGACAGACCAUGAAGUCAUGCUACAGCGUUAUGUUGGGCAGAAACUACGCGUUACUCACUCACCCCAGACUAAAUGCAAGUCAGAGACGAUGCUGGAACUGGUGAAUGAGUUACGUCAUCUCAGAGAUAACAUGUUUGUCCCUAGAGACCGUGUCAAGUUCACAGAUGAGCUGGCUGUCAUGACCGGACAGAGGGCCCAGGUGUUUGAGGAGAUGGAAAUCACAUCUCCCUUCCAGCAGCGAGGGUCCAUCAUCAGUCGUCUCACUAGGAAAGCCACCAUUACGUCCCGCCGUAGCUCCAGUCGUCAGAGCUCAAGUCGUCGUAACAGCACCCGUCGCCGUGGGUCCGUGCGGAGCUCUGAUUCAGCCGACCACAAUGCGAACAACUCUGACCAACAGCGCAGCCUUUCAAGAUCCAAUAGUGGGUAUGGGCGCAGGAGCAUUCGGCACACCGACACCUGCAUCGCCGAAGCGGAUGAUGAGCGAGAGGAGGAGGAAGAGAUGGGCUCACCGCUGCGACCGUUCCAACGUCGACACAACACCAAGAGGAUAAGUCGGAGCACUAGCUCUCGUCGGCACGUACGUCCUGAGGCUCACACCCCAGAGGUCCAUGCGCCAGAGGAGAACGUCAUACACAUUGAUCCUCUCAUUGAGAAAUCAGACGAUGACAUCGAUGAUGGCACCAAUGAGCAGAGCCGUCUCCUCCAGCAGCCCACCACCCCCAGGGAUCAUCACAGCUUCUCCGCCCCCAUCAUGGCACCCACCGACACGGAGGAUGACAUGGAAGGCAUGCAGGAGACAGUCCGGUUACUGGACAUGGCCAAGACGGUGGACCCAACCAUUGUAGACAGGCGGGGUAGCACAGGGGUGCACGACACCUGCGUGUAGGGGGAAUACUGGGCGUCAUGGGAUACCAGACUAGAUUUGGGAGGUGCUUAAAUUAUUAAGAAUGACCCAGGAUCCAGAGGGUUAAAAAGCCUACACAUGGCCCUAUAUUUCAGUUUUUGUUUAAAGGAGAAAACAUGACUUUUUUGAGGGGGGGUCUCAUCUUGCUGUUGUUUAUGAAGUACUUCAUAGACAGGUAUUUUCACCCAGAUAGACAUUGUGUGCCACACUCAUAUGAUCAGGUUUCAUCACCUUUGCUUCAAUGCCCUCCUCCGUUUUUAUUAAAUGCCUGACCAGUCACCAAAUUAUGCCAACAAAAUCUCCAUGGCUGGUCUGAAUUUACAAUUGGCCUUUUAAACACAUUUAAGAAUUACAGUUAGCCAACUAUACUUGUGACUGUCAAAAAGCAACACUUGUCUCACCGUAAGCAUGAAGCUUUGCCAUUUACUCUCAAAGUAAAGAAGCUGAGAGGUUCCGUGCCAAGCUAAGAGAAGUUACUCCCUCUCUAAAAAAGGCUUAAAGCAAACUGUGGAUACAUCCUGUCAGCUCUGACACUUUGGCUGCUCCCAAAACAACCACAAAUACUUACAUGCUGAGCCUGAGGCAAACCACGGCCAGAACUCUCUUUUUGACACGACCAAUUUUCCUUUGUUGGGGGGGGGAUAAGCCAUUGAAUCUGUUUCUGUCUGCAUCUGAGAAGAAAUACCUGCAGGUGAAGUACAAUUUUGUGUAGUAGAUGAGGUUACAAAUACCAGCUGGUAGUACAUCAUAGGAGGAAAAGGUGCAACGCUUAUGGAAGCUUACAUUUGAAGUGCCAGCUACUCAUUUUUCAAGCCCUGGCAUGACUGUGCUUAAAUCUGUUUAGAGCUUUAAUAAUAUUCCAUGGCUAUUUGUUGUAUGCACGUAGAGGAUGCAUGGACUUGUGAAGUGCAAUCUUCAUAAUUUUGGACUAGUAAAUAGAAUUCUGAGUGUCAUGCUGCUGAAUCAAGUGGUAUGCAGUCUUAGGACUGCCUGCUUGCUGUAGUGCCGUAUGACUUGAACAACUUGACCCCCUGAGCUUGCUCAGGUCACUGCUAAAACUAUCGCAUUAAGUUCCUCCCUAAUUAUCCUUGAAGGCUUUUUGCAUGAUGAAUGAAGUAAAAACUGCCAAAUAUUUAUGAGUACACAAAAACUUUGCUGAUAAUCUACCGGAUGUAGAUGUCUAAGGUACUAUGGUGCUUUGCUGAAUUGUAUAAAAUAGAGAAACAUUUGAAGUAACUCUACUGAAGAUCAGUGUAGUGUAAAUAGUAGGACAAAAUAUUUAUUGAUAGGAGAGGAUUUCUAAGAGGUAUAUUGUAUUUAAUAGGUACAAAAUAUUUGAGAAAGUACAGAGUAUGAGAUAUUCAUUAUUUGGAUUGACGCUAUGGUAUGUAUAUGGUUGACUAUCUGUGAGUAUGCACACUGUGGCAUAUGCAUUGCACAGUUUGCUAUUGCAUUAAGAUAUAUGUGACUGGCUCUGGAAAAAUGGGUAAUAAGUUGCCAGAUUCAGGUUGGGAGUAUUUGAUAUGGCUGGAUUGAGUACAUCAAAAGCUACAAUUUGAUACAUGAAUGACCCCUGUAGUGCACUGCAUUCUGGAGAUAUUUGGUCAUUUGUAUGUCCACAUUUUCGGAUUCAUUAAAAGCACUUUUCAAGAAAAAGUUCAUAAUGAUCAAUUUUCCAUCUUUAGUCAUCAGUUUCCAUGUUUGUAGUCACAAUUCUGAAACUACAAAUGUCAUAGAAGCUAUUAAAGGAAAAAACACAAAAAAUUACAUUUUGAAGAAAUUUUGCCCUCUCCAAAUAGAACAGGCCAUGUGUUUUGGCAUUGCACGACUUAUUACCCAGUUUUGCAGAGCGGGUCACAUAUGUUGCACUUGCCUGUCCCCUAGGGCAGUGUUAUGUUCUAUUGAUGGAGUUUCAUGGUUACAAACCUUAUGCCUGCACUGUGAGUCACUCAGAUAUCUCUCGGCUAUCCAUCCAUAUUUUCAGGCCAAUCACAUCCUGUAAACAUUUUGACAUAAUCCUCAAAUCUUGUGGUGCUAUGAAUUGAUUCUGCACACACCUCCACCUAUGUUUGAGGCUUUUUAGUAUUUGGCCAAAUCAAAGACUGGCUAUAAAAUGGCAGUAAUCCUCAAAUCUUGUGGUGCUAUGAAUUGAUUCUGCACACACCUCCACCUAUGUUUGAGGCUUUUUAGUAUUUGGCCAAAUCAAAGACUGGCUAUAAAAUGGCAGUAAUUACACAAUACCUGCUUAAAUUUCCGUCAUCUGAUUGGUGGAUUGUUGAUCACAUCAUUAAACUAUUCAUUCGUUCUGUUCCACGGUACCCUCUUCCCAGUCAGAGGGAACAAAUGUAGGGACAGAAACCAGUCUUAACAUUGCACAGGUACUGCCAAUGGGUGACACUUCAGACACGACACUGCGGAUAUCAACACUUGAGGACCAUUUGUGCUAACAAGAGAGGAAAUAACCAGAAGUCAAACAAUCUGAUGACAAGGAUUUAUUCAGGUAUUGUAUAGAACAAAUAAUUAGUGUUUUACAUUUGUGCAGUGGAAAGAAUUAUUUCAUUUAUAGACGGAUGAAAUGUUUCAUUCCACUGGGCAAAGCAAAGGGGAUUGGACGAAUUCAUCUGUCACCUCAUGAAAUUAUUUGUACCAUUGCACUCAUAAACAUUCAUCAUUUAUAUGCUUAUAUGAUAUAAUUUGGGUUUUCAAGUAUGACAUUGCACUUGAAGAAGAAAAAGUUCAGGGAGUUUGACCAGAAAAUAAAAACCUCAGAAUUUUUAUUUAUCUAUCCUUGUCAAAUUCUCUAAAAAACUUUCCCCAUGUUGUUUCUGCACAAAUUUCCAAAGAAUAGACCGAUUAAUUUAUCAACAAACAUGGCAUGAACCAAAAGCAUAUUGUUUCAUAAGUAUCAUUUACCAAAAAUAAAUUUGACGGUAGGUACUGUACUCAGACUACCGAUGUGCUGGGUACUAUACCGUAACUGGACUGUAUUGUUUUUAAACAAUGCUCAAAACACACGUUGCUAUGUGGUUGAUACCCACUGUAGGUCACAUGACUUAGCGGGCGCAAUUGAUCUAUUUAAUGCUUAUGUGAUAUGGAUCAUUUGAGUAUUGGAAAAAAUUCCUCAUUUUGACACCAAAAACAUGCAGCAUGCAACAAAAGUAGAUUUUUCUGACAGCUUGUCAGGCUGAGCUAAAAUAACCAGUUACAGGCUAAAAGUCAGUCGACCAAUUACAGUUGAAAUCAAAAGUGAAUUACAUUAAUUUGUGAUAAAACAGGUUUGUUAAGAUAUAAAUCUUUAGAAGGUUUUGUCUUGUAAAUUUCCUUCCUUGUAAAAGUUACGGAUAACCGCUAAAAAGAGCAAGAUGUUUAGCUGAAUUGCAUGCUGCCAAAUAUGCCUAGUAGGUGGCCCACUGAAACAUUGUGUUGUAAAAACUCAGUUUGUAGUGAUCAGUGAACUAGCAUUGUUGAGUUAUAUAAUUGUCUUUGUGUUCACAUGUCUAUGGAGCCGGUCUCCUGUAAAGUGGUAAUGUUGAUGUCUUUUAGGGGAAUUUUAUGUGGCAUGGCAUGUUUUGAACUUGUCAGAACACUUUGGUCUUUGGUAUCUCGCAAUGAGUCCGAGAACAAAUUGGUUUCUGUGACCUCUGGCAUGGGGUCAAUUCAAUAUGUCUUCAAACACUUAUUGUACUCUGUGCUAUCUACAUGUAUGUGGACUUGAUUACUAUAUGUCAGACUCCCAAAAGGGUAGGAUUGGCAGAGUGUUUAAUAAGCCAUCUACACCCACUGCUGAUAUUAAGCAAGGCUUCUACCGUGAAAGGCCACAUUACAAGCCUGCUGUUAACAUAAUUAUUAUUCUAAUAUAUGUGACAUCCUAACAGGCGAGGCAUACCAAUGCUAGCAACACAUUGAUGAAGUCAGCAUAGUUUCCUUUGAAUGGAUCAAUUUACAUUACUACAAAAUUUGGGAGGAAACUAGCUGAUAUUUCAAAACUGACCUUUUCAAAAAGGAAAUUCAUUUACACCAUAGAAAGAAAUACAUGGGGAAAAAUAAAAAUGUAAAAGAACAUGACUAUGAAUGCUGUCCACUUGGCACCAUACCAGGCAAGACGAUUUGACCAUUCUUUACAUAUAUCACAAGAUGUUGCCUUACUUCUGAACGACGACGGGUAGUCAGAUUGGUUGACCUAGCGAGAGAUUUUAGAAGCUUUGAUGUCAUUGGCUGUGUUCAUUUAUGUGUAUAUGGAGCAGGUCAUGUGGAGAAUUCCAUACAUGGACAUUGAUUUUCCCUUGCCUUGACAUACAUCAGCCAUCAGAAAGUGAUAACAUGUAAACGAUCAAAUUAAGCAGGGAAAAUGUGGAUCACCUUGCUGAAAACCGAGGUGGGGUGGCUGAAUUUUCUGGUCAAUGACAAUAUAUGGCAUAGCAAUCAAAUGAUUAUCCGUUGUCAGGUGGUUUAUUUGAAAUGGAAAAGCAUGGAUGUCUCUCUGCAUAGCAUGUUUCAAUGAAAUCUGCAACUGUAAGAUUGAAACCCAAAGGGAGUGAUAUUUCCUUAUGACUAUUAAGUUGAAACCCUGCUUAUCUCAAGUCAAAGGUAAAGAUGUUUCAUGGGAGGGAUCACUGGCUGCAUAAUGAAAGUUCUUCCCACUUCUGGAGACACAAGUGGGAUGUACUACAGAAACAAAGGCACAUUGUGGUUGCGUGAUGUCAGUGUGUCUUUAGCAUGGUUCCAAGGCAAAGCUUUUAAUGAUGGGCUUUUCUUAAUUCACAAGUGCAGGUUCGGGCUCAUAAAGCAUCCAAAAUGCUUGUAGCAGAGUCCACACCUUCCUUAUCCAGCAACAGUCAAGUUUGAAAUGGUCACUCUCUGCUGGGUGGAAGGGAUGUUUAUUUCAGGUUAUUUACUGCUUGAUACGAUGUAGAUUCAAUCUAUUUAUUGUUUAUUUAAUAGAGAAGGUACUUUACUUCAAACAGUAUUUGUAUUUUGUGCAGUGUUGAAUAAGUACUAGAAAUGAAUGUGCAUCCGGGCAUGCAAUUUCAUUUGGUGCAGUAAAAAUUUUACUACAUGUAUUCAUUUCCAGAGCUUAAUUUCUAUUGAUUUUAACUUAUUAAAUUUAUCAAUUCUAAAUUAUUUGUAUUUAUUUAGCUUUAUUUAUUUAGUUUUUAACAUGUGUUAGGUGCUUGUAUUAUUUUCUACAGUGAUCAAACAAUGGAAACCUUGCCAAUGAAGAAAAUAGAUAAUAAAAAAGCAUAAUGUGUAGACA